AUGUCUUCCACUACUUCCAAACAAAUUCAUGUUGAAACUGAAUAUAAUACAUUUGAUUUAAAUGGAUAUACAUGUGAAUUGUCGGCAAAUGCAUUUGUUCCACCAACAAGACGAACACAACCAAAAGAGAGAAAUUAUUUUAAUUCACAAAAAGAAACAAAACCAUCGUCAAUUUAUGAUCAAAUUUUUCAAAUAAAAUAUGAUUUUAAUCCCAAAGCACAUCGUGAUGAUCGACAACAUUCAAAAUUUAUUGGAUUAAAUCAAUCAAAAGAAGAAGAAGAAAAAUCGUAUCCAACUCGAUCAUCAUCAGAAUAUGGUCGUAGACAUAAUCAACCACUUGAUAUCAAUGAUCGAUCACAUGUUCGCAUAGCACAUGUUAAAAAUGAAUUCUAUCGAAAUAAUGGUGUUGAUCAAAAACCUAUUCAAUUGUAA